AUGAAUUCCGGGCCUAUGCGCAGCAUGAGCAACAAGACAAAGCCAAAGCAAAGACCAGUUACCUUCUCUGGGUGCUGGACCUGCAAGGAACGUAAGGUCAAGUGUGACGAGAAUCCUCGGGGCUAUGAUAUCGAGAGUGAUGCUGCAAACGGGGUCUUGUCCACUUACGGCCCUUUCACAGCAUUCUCAUCAACUACUAGCAUCGAUCCCUCAUUACCGCCACCACCACGGUUAGAAGGAUCCGCUGUUGCUUCCGAAAGCGAGCGGAUCAAGUCUGUCAUCGAAGAUGUCGAAGGGGUAUCCAGCUGGAACAGUCAGCUAGCGACGGUUCAAUCCAUCUUUCCAAAGCUCAGUACCCAGGACCAAAUGCGACUGGCAAACUACAUCCAUCUCCAGUUUAUUGUCUCCAGUUUCGUUGAGGGCAAUGAGCAGGGUCUAAAUACACCUUUAUAUCCUCAACCCCAGUUCUUAUUUCUCGAGGGACCGAAGACAAAUGCCCUCUUCGACUACUACUCCACCCGCGUCGCUAACGUCCUUCAGCCCCUUUCUCACCCCGAGAACCCAUAUCGGUCGAUAUAUGUGCCAUUAGCCGUGGAAGGGGUUUUCGAGAUGGGUCAAAUUGCCAAAAUGGUAGCGCCAUGUGUCAAAAUUUGCACUUUCCAUGCGAUAAUAGCUACCGCGGCCUUUCAUAUGCAUGGCUCCGAUGUUUCUGGAAGCUCAGAAUACCACAAAAUUGGUCAUGUCCAACGCCAAAUGGCACUCAAAUGCAUGCAGCUUGCCCUACUAGACGAAACUCUUCCCACAAACUACCAAAGCUUCAUGACCGCCAUGAUGUCUCUCCUGACAGUCGGAGUAAUGGAAGGUCGAAUCCUCGACUUCCACGUCCAUAUUCAAGCAAUGAUCGAGCUUCGGAAGAGUCGGCGCGACUGGAAGAUCCUCAGUUCUCAAACCCGCCAACUCAACGACAUGAGCCGCUUCCUUAUCCUUCUCUCCCGCACAACCUCGCACUCCAUCCCAGCCCCAAUAACUCUCGACGAUCGACGAGAGAUAUGCACACUCCGCACGCAGCUCCACCACCCUUUCCUCGCAGCACAACAUCCAAUCCCCGAUCCCUUCGCCCUCGCAGCUGAGCAACUAGGCAACAAACUCAUCUCAUGGCACCUCAGCCCCGACAUUGCCCUAUCCAUCUUCCCCACAGACCCGUCCAUGCAACUCAUCUUCUCCCACCACGCACAGGCAUGGCACGCCGCCGCCUACAUUUACUAUCUGCACUGCAUCCAGGGCAUCCCGCCACUAGGUCUGAUGGAACAUGUCGCCCGGGUUGCGUUCCAUAUGCAUGCGGUGGAGGACCUGAAGCUGCUUACACCCGAGUCUGGGCCCAUGGCGCCGAUCACGUGGCCUGCAUUCGUGGCGUCGUGCUGCGCGGUGCAGAGAGAGACCUGGGUGGAAUGGUGGGGGCGAGUGCAGUUUUAUCGGAUCGGGGGAUUGGGGAGACAGUUUGAGGUUGUGAAGACUGUGUGGGAGGAGAUGGAUUUGGGGACAGGAGAGAGUUGGGUGGAUAUUCUUGGGAGGCGGGGGAUUGAGGUUUUGGCGUUGUAA